AUGUCGAAUUUCCAUUCUGUACCAAAUACACCACCACCUUUUCUGUUCUUUGAUCAUUCGCCAAGAGAACAGAGUCCCUCGCAUCAUAUACUGAUAGAGGAAGGCUAUUACCGAUCGCCUCCAUCUUCCACUUCGCUCGCCAACAACAACUUCAAGCAACAAAUGAUUGGUGCAAACAGCUUCCAACCGAUCUCUCUGGAACGAUCGUCAUCAUCUAGUAGCAUUGGAAAUAGUAGUAUCAGUAGCAACUACUCAUUCUCACCACUUCCAUUCUCCUCUUUACCACAACCACAAUCAAGUCAACAACAUUAUUUCUACUCUACCAACAACAGUAAUAACAAUAUUAAUAGUAAUAGUAAUCAUCACCAACAUCAACAACAACAACAUUCAAUUAAAACUUCACAUCCAAUUCCUCUUAAAGCUUCUCCACGUGCCAGUAUUGUAAAUAGUACUUCAUCCAUCAAUAGUUAUCAUAGACAAUCAUCAACAUCAUCACCCAUUCCAAAUCCAAUUAUAAAUUCUACUCCAUUUGUAAAACUAAACAUCAACAACAAUAACAAUAAUACUAAUAAUAAUAAUAGCAAUAACAACAAUAAUAAUAGUAAUAUUAACUUGGUAUCACCAACAAUGUCUCCCCAUAAUAGUAGUUAUAACAAUUGUAAUAGUAGUUCACCAAGUCAGUUACCAAUGUCACCAGUUUUCGAAAGGGCAUUGAUUCCACUGCUAAACCUCAAACAAUGUAAACCAGAUUUCGACUCAACAUUCACCAUCUCUCCCAAAUACUCGAGCUCCGUUCCAUCGACUCCAGGAGAAACUACCCCAACUAGCGCUUCAAGUAGAACUCCACAGAAAUCCAUGGCUGAGGCUUCACCCACAAUUCUCUCACCAUCGUCCUCGUGCUCCAGUCUGCCAGAAUCACCAAGAAACACUGGCAGUGGUUGUUCAUCGUACCCAUCGUCUCCAUCGUCCACUCCAUGCUCCACUCCAAGGGGUGCAACCAACGAUAGAAACGGUGAGCCACAAUAUCCAAAGCAAGCUGAACAACAAUGGAAGAAGCUAGAGUACUACGCUAACGAAUUCAACCACUUUAUCUUUGAAACUCUCAAGACCAAAGAAUUUAGUCAAAUUGAAACACUCAACGCCAAACUCAGUGAAAUCACCAACACUGUUAAAGAGAUUGAGAUCACCAACAAUAUUUAUAAAUCUUUACCACCACAAACCAGAGCCAGAAAGAAGAGAGCCACCAAAGCUGAAAAACUUCAAAAGGAUCUAUUGGGUAUCAAGCGUACCUAUGUUACAACUCCAAAGAGCAAAGGUAACUACUGUUUCUUCUGUGGCACAAUGGAGACUCCAGAGUGGAGAAAAGGACCUGGAGGUCAUAAAACAUUAUGUAAUGCUUGUGGUUUACAUUACGCUAAAAAUAUAAAGAAAGAAUCGGUAAAGAAUUCUCAACAAAAUCCAAGUGAAUCGACAUCAUGCCAAUCAAUGAAUAGAAAAACAACUACAACAACUAUUAGAGACGUAUUAACAUCAUCAUCAUCAUCUAAAUAUUUAAUCUUAUUAUUAUUAUUAUUUUACCAAAAAGUCGAAUCAUCACCAAAAUUAAAAAUCAAUUAUCCAAUCAAUCAAUCAAAGAGUUAA